CCUACUUUUUCACCCGAAAAAUUAUACUAUAAUUUAGCCUAUAGGCAGUGAGCUUCUGAGCUGUUCCCACUGAAUAUUGGUGUCAACUCCGCGAUACCACCAGUCGAACGCCGAGUUUUCGGUCGACAAUGCCAGAAACAGCAGCGCGCGCGGCGCCGUGUGCCAACUGCAAAAAAACACCCACGCUGUCAUGUGAAAUCCCGCGAUUUUUUUUAGCCGCAACUCGCAACCACCCGCGCGUCCGCCUCCCGUCGCGUAUAAUAUAAACUCCUCGUCGCCGUCGCUUCGUUUUACUACUGAUCACGAAGACGACGACUACGCAGCGAUGCACUUGACACUUAGCCCUGGGAGGAAGGCGGCGCACGCCCGCACGGCGAGCCACCCGUGCCACUACCCGGAACUCGCGCGGCUCGACGGCGGUGUGCGGGAGCUCAUGUCGUGGACGGCGACGUCCCGCUCCGGCGGCGAGGGGAGCUCGGGUCUCGCGCUCGUGGAGGCCGUGCUCGCCGCGCUCGGCGAGGUCCUCGAGCUGCCGGUGGCCGUCGCGGCGCUCCACGGUGGCGAGGCGGCGGCGGCGGCGCGCGACGACGCUUUCCUCGUGCUCGCCGACGCGUACGGCACGUUCGAGUCGGCGCUGCUCGCGCUGAGGGAGAGCGUGGCGGGGGCGCGGUGCGGCGCCCGGCGCGGCGACGGCGCCGCGGUCGCCGCGGCGCUGCGCGCGCGCAGGCGGACGGAGAAGGAGCUGUGCCGCCUCGCGGGGGCGAUGCGCCAGGCGGCGUCGAGGACGCCGGCGGCGGACGCCACCACGGGCGACGGCGUGGGCGACGCGGUGGCGGAUGCGGCCGCGGCCAUCGCGGCGGCGUCGGAGGCGGUCUUCCUGGGGUGCGCCGCGAUGUCGCCGGACAUGUCGUCGUCGAUGGCCAGCUCGCCGCUAUCCAAAAACUGGCUGGCGAGGCUGCACCUGCACGUCGUACCGGCGUCCAAGAAGGUGUCGCCGGCGACGGCGACGGCGGCGGCAUUGGAGAGGCUGGAGGAAUGCAUUGGCGAGCUGGAGAGCGGGAGCGAGAAGGUGUUCAGGCGGCUGCUGCAAACAAGAGUUUCUCUUCUUAACAUUCAUAAUCCCUUGUAAUUUCUCAGAUAAAGAAACAGAGAAAAUUCUGAAUUUUGCCGUGCCAAUACCACAUCUUCAUUUUCA